AUGACGUCUUCCGAGGGUCUCCGGAAUGCCCCAGGAGGCUCUGGGGAGACUAACGGAGCGUCGCGCCUCUCGGAAGACUCCUCGCAUUCCUGGGAAUCCCAGUCGGCGUCUCUCUCUUCUCCGCACCGUGUCCGUUUCUCUUCUGCGAACCAGUCUGCAGGCGUCGUUUCCCCGACGUCGGCGUCUCCAUCUGGGCCUCUCUCUGCUUCUCGCUCGCCACACGCGUCUCCUCUUCGAGGGGCCGAGGGCGAAGCGUCGCCGCGAGGGAGCCUCCAGCUCUCGGGAGACGCUCGCGGAGCGAAGGAAAGCGAGGAGACAGGCAACUCGGAGAGACGGCGCUCGUCGGAAGGAUCUCCGACGAAGGCGGAGACGCCGCUGUCUCCACUUUGCAAGUCGAGUGGCGAGGCCGGAGACACUCACUCGAGGGCUGCGGGGGAAAAGGACAGCCAGGAGCGCGAGGCUGCGUCCCCGCGAAAGGGUGACGAGGACUCGGGAACCAGUCCUUCGACUUUGGCUGCAAAAACCUCCCGUCGUGCAUCUCACACCGACACUUCGGAAGUCCCGCCUGCCUCUCCGGCCGCGAGUCGCGUGGUUCCCUCGUCCUCGGCUCCGAGAGCACCCGUGAUGCCGUCUGAGGGCGUGGCUGGGGUGUCUCCGCCCGGAGGCCCGACCUUCGGCGGUGUCUCCGUGCCAGGGCUUCCUCGAGUGGGGCCGACGCCGCUGUCUCCGGGGUUCCUGUUUCCUGCGGUCGUUUCGUCUUUGCCGCUAAACGCGAGCAUUGGCGACAUCGCCUUGCGCCUGGUGAAGGAAAUUCUGCAGCCCGUGCUGUCGAGAGACAUCCCGGUCGAUCCGCCCUCGCCUUUCCACUUCACAGCCAACGGCAUGGCGAAGGCCCUCGAGCUGUCUCCUGUCUCCUUCCCGCCUGCGUACGCCGCGUCCCUGCGCUCGGCGUACGCCCAAAUGGGGACCGCGGGCUCCUGCUUCUACUGCGUCUCUGCGCCCUGUGUAUGUGGGGCCUUCGCCCCACCACUCCACCCCACACGCGCGCCGGCGCGGCCUGUCCCGGAGAGCAAGAAGCGGGGCAGAGACAGCGACAAGGCCUCAGCGGUGUCCAAGAUGGGGGAGACCCCCGACGCUCGUGGCUGCCACACAGGCGGCGCGAAGGACGCGAGCGCGCGGGCCUUCUCGACCAACUCGCCGGCGUUUCAGGACAACCUGCGGCAAAUGUGCCUGUUCUAUCCGUACUCGAGUGUGCCUCCGCCGAAACUCAUCGACACUCGCUACCUGUGUCUCUUCCUCUCUGCGUCAGCGGACUUGCCCUUGGGCGGCUUUGCGGCGGGCCGGGGCCUCAGUCCCUUUUUCGGACCCGACGCCGGCGACGGGGCGAAUCCUGGGCGCGGAGGCGCCCCCAUCAGCCACCGCAAUGGGGAGCAAGACCGCGAGAAACUGCGAGACAGCGGAGACGACUUUUUCCCGGGAUUCGGAGACCCCAAAGAUCGGACGGAAAUGACGGGUGUGGAAAUCGAGAAAGGCUUCCCAGAUCACGCGCGCAUCGGAUGGGAGCUCGUCGAGGAAGUAGCUGCAAGUCUAGAAGCCAUCUUCAACACAAUUCAAAUGGACACCGUCGAGGACCGGAGAGACGCCCUCACCGUCCCAGAUGAAUUCUACGCCCAAAACUACUGGGAGUGGAGACAGUUUUUGCUGGACAAAGCCCCGACGGGCGCGUCGGUGUCGCGAACGUUCGGACGGAGUCUCCUGCGGUCGCUGUUGCUCGCCUCGCCUGGGACAAUUGCGAAGGAUCUGCAACGGACGCCGAUAAGCUUCGCUGCAGUCGCGAUUGUGAAGAACAUCUUCUCGCGGCAGCUUCCAAAGAUGCCCAGGGAGUAUAUUGUUCGUCUCGUCUUUGAUCGGAACCACUACACGUUCUGUCUGAACAAGGAAGACACCAUUAUCGGAGGCUGCUGCUUUCGGCCGUAUUUCCAGCAGAAAUUUGCAGAGAUCGCCUUCCUCGCCGUAACCUCCACAGAGCAGGUGAAGGGGUACGGGACGCGGUUGAUGAACCACCUGAAAGAGCACGUGAAGAAAUCGGGAAUCGAGUAUUUCUUGACCUACGCAGACAACUUUGCGGUCGGCUACUUUCGGAAGCAAGGCUUCACGCAGAAGAUCUCGAUGCCUCGCGAGCGAUGGUAUGGCUACAUCAAGGACUACGAAGGAGGGACACUCAUGGAGUGCUACAUCAAUCCGCGGAUUAACUACCUCCGGCUGUCCGAAAUGCUGCACGACCAGCAGCAAGUUAUCAAACGCGCCACCGUCUCUCUCAAACCUCUCGCGGUCUACCCCGGCCUCGACUUCUGGAAGAAGAAUCCCGGUCAGACGCUGUCGCCGUCGCAGAUUCCAGGCCUUUUGCAGUGCGGCUGGUGCCCAGGCGAGGGUGCGCCGCGUGCGGGCGUGGACGGAAAGGGGACUCCUGACGCCGACCGGGCCUUGGGCGCCACCGGCGGGGCUGACGGGGCCGGCGGCGCGGGUUUCGGCGGCCAGGGCUACAUGCGCCCGCUGCACGACCAAAUCAUGGACAUCCUGGAUGCGCUCGGGAAACACCACUCCGCGUGGCCGUUCCUCAAACCUGUCAGCCGUGAAGAGGCGCCGGACUACUACGAUGUGAUCCUGCAGCCGACAGACAUCUCCACGAUGAAGAAAAAAUGCAAAAAGAAGCAUUACACGACUGCGCAGAUGUUCGCGGACGAAGUUCAGCUGAUGUUUAAGAAUUGCCGGCAGUACAAUCACCAACAAACGAUUUAUUACAAAUACGCGAACGAGUUGGACAAGUUCGUGACUCCGAAGAUUCAGGCUUUAAAGCAGGCCUUUCAGCAACAGCAGAAGCAGCUGGCUGCGUCUGAGGCCAACCGGAGCGCGAAAAACGUCGGAACCCAGCCGAUCACGACUCACGGCAACCACGGUCCAGGAGAUGAGGGGAGCGUGGCGGCCAAACAUGCGUUUUUUUAA